AUGUUCACAUAUCAGUGCCACAAGGUCAAUGAACCCACUUUGCUGCUUGGUUUAUGGGGCUUUCGAAUGCUCCUGAUCCAUAGGGUGUUAGGGUCAAAAUCCGUUUCCGAUGAGAAAUGCACGGGAAAUGGACGGGAAAGCAUGAUUACCGAUGCCUCCAUUGAGACUUGUAGGUACAGGAGUUUGGUGAUUAGUAAAUUGAUUCUCCGUUUUGAAUGGGAGGUACUCGUUAAGGUUAUCCGCGGAUCGGGAUAA